CGACGCGUCGUAUACACGCGUCAAACACGGAAAAUGACGUGUCUCCUGCCAUGGUACUGUCAUAGUCGUGAUGGGACGCAAUCAGAGAUAGAUGGGGGCGCGGGGCUUUGACGCGGAUACUAUCGAUGAUCCUAUGUUUGCUAUGGCUGCGGCACAUGAGUGUUUUGCUUGUACUCAACUCAGCUUGAGCUGGUCACGACGACGCGCUGAUGGAGCACCUGCCACCAAACUCACGCCCGUGGACUUGCCAUCGUAUCCUAGACUACCCUCUCACGACCUAACCCGUCCAAUCCAGCGAUCCCGUCCUAUCAAUCACUCAAUCGCACUACAGUUGUUGACGCGACCAUACGAUCACAUCGUCCGUCACAACCCACACAUAACCGCAGAGGACUGAAAAGCUCUCAAGUUUUUCGACUACUGACGCGCCGACGACCUCAGCGGUGAUGACAUCGAACCGUUCGGCAUGGGCAAAUCGAAGUGGGGACGCCGUCGCAUAGUCCCCCCCCUCUUUGGUGUUGAGUGGUCAAUACUGAUCACGCCUCUGCAUCCGACUCGGGCAUCGUGGAUGGACAUUCCGACGGAUUCAUAAUCUUAAAGGCAGAUGCCGAGCCAGUUUUGACGCGAGUCUCACGAAACCCAAGCUCAACGACUUGGCUCGCUGCAUGUGUGGCCAAUGGCCGUGCCAGACGUACCGCGUAGAUGUGUCAUGGGUGUCUCAUCGUCGGCCGAUGGGGUCAUAUAUGGUUUCCAUUUAUGGUAUCAGUGGCCCCUGUCGCAUUCGAGUCAUACAAAAUAGGCUUAUCCUGGACCUGGAGGGAAGGUUCACGGGCUUCCAAGCACGAACUUUCGCCCACGUAUUCCCAACCACGUUCCCUGCCAAAUUCACAAUUCUAGAAAACUGCGGAUAUACGCUCGGGCUUGAAAACGUAGCGUGCACAAGGACACGUCGACCUUGGGGGGUACACUGUCACACACACGGGCAUCCGAGGUCGCGGCGAAUAUGGGCAUGAGCACGGGUUAUUAUCGUCUGGCCACGGAACAUGGCGUGAGAUAGUGGACAACUGGACUAUGGUGAGGGCUCAUAAGGCAUAAGGCCCGAGUCUCAAGAAUCAUACUGCUCGAAUUACGCAAAGUGCGCAGGCAAACUGCUACGUGUUCCGCAGUUUCAUACUCCGAGUUCCGUAGUUAGUCCAUUCGAGUUCAUGCUGGUGGAUAGGCGGAAAGGAAAAAUUGGCGAUAGGCUGAGUAGGUUUGGAUAGGAGCCAUGAUAGCUAUAGGUCGCCGUUGGGGUCCAUUGCAUAUCGGUCUGAUGACACUCGUUUACUGCGUUUGGAAAGGAAAAACAAUUGGUGUGCUCCAUCAUGCCAACGUCCCAACUUGGUCGAAUUCAGACGAGGCUUCGCACUCGCACUCGUGUUUAUGGGCGUGCACGCUCAAACUCCAGCGUGAGUGAAACUGGAGUUCCGCAUCCGCCUGAUUAAGAAAAAUGGAAAUAAAAGCUCCACACUCUGUCCUCUCAACCACUCGUAAUCACAUGCAUCAGUUGAUCAUGGGGAUAGAACUCGAGAAUAAUACCGAAAUUUGAAUAUAUGUACCAUGCAU